AAGUCUAUCCUGCAGCGUGCUUGGCGUGCAGAGCUAGAUUCCAAUCCAUUAUAUAAUACUCUCACGUCAUCAACCUCCGCCCCGGCCCUCUUUUAAACCAAUCCCACAUCCCCCUUCUCCUGAACACCAUCUAAAACGGCACAAAAAUCUCUCUCUCUCUCUCUCUCUCUCUGUGAAACAGUAGAGUAAAAAUGGAGGGUCUGAUUCCUCUUGUAUACCGGGCCAUAAUGCAGUACAAGUACGGAAAAGAAAGCCAUCUUGAGUCAUGGUUCAAUGACUCACCCUCGGCUUCCUAUAUGAGACUUCCCGGCGAUUCAGGUCGUUUCCAAACGUCGGAUGUACAGCUCUUCUGCUCAUCAGACUAUCGUUUAUCUGCAUCUUCUUCGCCAUCUUCAAGGGCUCCUUCAACUACCCAAAUCAUAGUUUCCUCAGGAGUUCAGUCUCCGCUUUGCCGCUUGACUCCUCGUCGAGUGGCAAGCACCUGAUCAAUAUCGUCAAUGAAAAUAAUAGUGACGUGCCUGAAGAAAGCUGAAGGCAUGGAACUUUGUCAUGUUAUGAUCAGUGCAUGCAUGGACUGUGAUAAGUGUAUCUUGACGAUUCGUACGUGUAAUAUUCCUUCUGCUUUUCUGAACUUCUAAUGGUUUUUAGUUUGUAAUUUUGAAGAUAUAUAAAGCGUGUGGAGAACCAAAAUUAGGACCCUCCGCUUUGAUUUGUACGUAACGUACGCUGUUGUCUGUGUGAAGUGUGAAGGUAAAGGGAAUUAAUUCCCAAUGUCGACCUAAGAUGUAAUUAUUAUGGAUAUUGUGAUGUCUGAAAAAAAGGAUGAAUCAUGGCCAAAAGGCCGUAUCCUUUGUUAACUGUAA